GUGAUAUGGUGCUGGGAGAUAUAACCUCUAAAAUGCAGAAUAUCAAACUUGUUGUUGUCGGUGACGGUGGAGUUGGGAAGAGUUGUCUUUUCAUUGCUUACACUACGGGGAAUUUCCCGAGUGAGUACGUCCCGACGGUGUUUGACAACUACAGCUCCAACGUCAUGGUCGACGGCAAGCCUAUAAACCUGGGUCUGUGGGACACUGCCGGGCAGGAGGACUACGACCGGCUCCGUCCCCUGUCCUACCCCCAGACCGACGUGUUCCUCAUGUGUUUCGAUAUCAAGAACAGAGACUCCUUCGAGAACAUCCGUGAGAAGUGGUACCCUGAAGUACAGCAUCACUGCCCGAACACGCCAAAAGUAAUCGUCGGCUGCAAGACAGAUUUACGUCGAGGCGUCAAAGAUAAGACAGCAGUGUCCUAUGAAGAAGGCUCAGCAUUAGCUAAGUCACUUGGAAUGCAGUACUUUGACACUAGUGCUCUGGCUUUGACGGGGCUGAAGGAGUGUUUAGAGGGAGCCAUCAGAUUUGCAUUGAACCGACCCGCCGACCCGAAGCGAAUGAUGUUCGGGAGAUCCAAGAAACCAAUGCCUCUCCCACCAGUCAUGCCGCCGGCAGGCCUGGCCCCGUGGACGGAGAUAGAGACGUCCAAGUUUGCUGAAGACUGGUACCAGCUCCUGGAGGACCCCAAGCUCUCGGACGUCACCUUCCUCCUGGGGGACAGGCAUGAACUGGACGCCCACAAGCUCCUGUUGUCCUCAGCCUCAAAGUUCUUCGCCCAAAUCCUGCAGCUGCCAUUUACUAGAAAGACCAACCAGCUGGCAAAGGUCAAGGGGACAGAGGCCAUGACCCGAGAGGACCUCAACUCUGGCAAGGUGGAGGGCAUCACCUUUGUGUCCGACACAGACUGUAAGACAAAGCCAGGUCACGUGACUAUUCAGCUCAGCGCUGACAUCCCUGCAGCCACAUUCACACACGUGCUGGAGUUCCUCUAUACGGGAACUCCCCGGCUGCCGGAUGACGUCAGUGAUGACCGCCUGGAAGACCUCAUCAGGGUGGCCAAGAUCUUUAAACUUCCCCAGCUGGUGACGAUUUGCCGCAACGUGUUGAACGAGGAAGACUUCCUCAACCCAAGCAUCGGCACCUUCCUCAACGACGAGACGGCGGCCAAGAUGAAGGAGCUCUAUUUCAACCAACCAGAUGCAGCUGAUGUCGUUUUCGACAUUGGAGGGAUCGAGGUGUACGCGCACAAGGUUGUCCUCAUGUCUCGAUGUGACGUCAUGGCCGCCAUGUUUGGCGGUACUUUCAUUGAGGCUUUUCAGUCUGGAAUGUGCAAGCUGAAAGUUCAAAACACAACCUGCGAGUGUUUCCUCGCGUUAUUGGAGUAUAUCUACACAGACCACGCCCCGAUUGAAGGUGGUGAUGCGGUCGGGAUAUUAGUCCUGGCGGAUGAAUACUGUCAACCUCGCCUCGUGAACCUGUGUGAGUUAUACAUCACCAAGGAAGUUGACCGGAGCUGUACCAAGAACAUCGAGAAGUCCGACAUUGACGUCAUCGGACUCCUGCUGACAGCACAGCUCCACAACGCCGCGCAGCUGUCCAAAUGGUGCCUGCACUUCAUCUCGUCCAACUACAUAGCGUUCUCCCAGAGGUCAGAGUUUAUCAUGUUGAAAGGCGAUAACGAGGUGUACGUGGAAGAGAACCGAUGGCCGCCAGUGGCCUACCUCAACGAAGUGGAUGAGUAUGAGAAGAAGGUGUCCAAACUAGGAGGAACAUGUUCAGUCAUGUGAACAAUUUCAUAAACAGACUCUGACGUCACAAGAAGCUUGAGCUGCCAGAGUAAUCACGCGGAAAUUACUUUCAUCACUUGACGUCAUGGGAAGCGAUUGUUUUGUCAGCCUCGGUUUGGUUUGUGUGAAACACGUGCAUCACGAAGAGGCAGAAAAGCCACCUGUUCAUCACCUUCGUCACCGCUCGUCCCUUUCCGUGACCAUCACGAAGCUAUUCGGCUUGUCCCGGAAUAACACGAGUUGGUCACGAAUGCCGACCCAAUUGGAUCGCGUCAUGUUCCAGCGACAUGUUGACAUGUAGAGAACUUAUUAUUAGUGGCAUUUACAAACCUGGUGGUUGCAUCAGUGCAGCUGUUCUCACAGUUUUUGACACCAUCGCGAGAAAGUCCUUUUUCAACUGACAAAACUAAUGCACCACUCAAAAGAAGUUAAAGAACAUGCCAUUUGUUCAAAUGACUAAAGUUGAUCUGUUAUGACAUGACAAAAAGUGGGUGUUGUUUAACUUCUUUUGAGUAGUAAAUAUUCACAUAUAGUUUUUUUAACAGUUGUCACGGGUGUUGAAACUUUGGAUUGAAAGCUGUAAUAUGGCUGUGAUAUGGUUGCUUUGAGUAAUGUCACCCAAUGUCCUAGUGAGUUGUGAUUUCUGUUCGUAUAUUGCGCCUUAGGCGCGACAAUUCCAUGUGCAGAAACCUAUGUCACAAAGGCAUCUCAGAAACCUAUGAUCGUGUGUGAUAAAAAAGUCCCCAGGUCCACAGCAUAAGAGCCGGGUAUAAGGAUGACAGGGCUUUCAGGACGCCACAGAGCCAGAAACCUAUGAUCUUGGGUUCGAAUCCAAUAUUCCCCUUGAUUAUGUUUCUAGGUUUGUCGACACCAUACCAGUGCUCGUGGGUAUUUCAAAAGCGGUAAACGUAUGGCGCCACUUCAUAUUUUUCUCCCACAUCAAGUUGACACGCCGAUAUAUAUCUGAAAUACUGUUGAAUGCGAUGGUCAACCCAACUCAAUCACUCACUUGGAUAAUAUAGAUACGUAUUAAGGUGUUGGCACACGAUGUAUUCUAUGCUCAAAGUAUGUGUUAACUGUUGUAUUUUACCCUAGUUACAUAUAUACAUGUAUAUAGUCGCAAUAAACAUGAAUAAAUAAUCACGAGGUGUUGUGUAACCUAUUAGCCCAAUAAUAGGUCCGCAUGUUUUGUAA